GAAGCUCGGAGGAGGAGUAGACUGCUUCUCGCGCUCUGCAGCUUCCAAAGCCAGACCCUCAUACAUCAGUUGCGCCUUCAACACAUACUAUGGGCGAGAUAGCCGAGGACCACUACCGUUGGAAAGUAACUUAACAUGAAAACACCAGUUUUCUGAAGGACGGCUUCAAUGAUACAGUAGAUGUAUUGAACAGGCUACGUGCGCUUAUAGUAACCCAAAAUGAACGCAGAGUAUAAGAAGCCACUUGUGGCUCCCAAGCCACAGCUUUUGAGCCAGGCCAACUUCAAUCUGUCUUCCUCCCUCAUGUCCAGACCUUGUUUCUCAACCAGAGGUCCCAAACCUCCUAUUGCUCCCAAACCUAAAGUCCCACAGAGACUGAAGGAAACAAACACCAUAUUCUGUAACCAUGCCCAAGAUAAGUGCAUUAAUGGGACAGACAAGGAUUUGGACCAUGAAACAGACCUGGAGGACUGCCUGAGUGGAGGGGAGGCCCAAGGGUCAGAGGGGGAGGGUUUAGAUGAGGAUGAGGACAGACCAGUAGAAGCUCAGUUUGACUACCACAAUUUCAGUUCAGGAAUCAAACAAUUAGAGAAUGGAUCUGAGGAACAAGAGGACAAGGCAAAGGAGAUGGCAAUCAUGGAAGAGAUGAUGCAGGAAGAGGAAGACUGGAGGAUAACAGACAGAACUCAAACAGUGCUCAGUGAUGCUGGAUUCACCAUUGACUCAAUGGAUGGGGUGAAUAUGAUUGACUCAGACCUGACUGAUGACAUUGAUGCUGAGGGCUGUGAUGCAGGCGAGGCUCUGGCUGACACAGAUGGCCUCUCAGUGGGAGACUUCUCUGUCACUAGCAUUGAGGAGGAUGAGGAAGCCUGCUGCCUCUGCAGAACUGUGUCUGGGAGAGAGGACAGAGAAAUUAAGGAGGAUAGGGAAGAUAAUAUCCAGGGAAAGGCAGAAGCUGUCAGUAUUACAACAUAUGCAGUCACAGAUUCUCUUGAAGAGGAACCUUUCGUUGUUUCUACAAAGGAAAACUGUUUUCACAUUACCCAUCAUGCGUCAUCUUCCAGAGUUAAUGAGGAGAGAGUGGUGGAAUGUUCACAUAUUCUUGACAUUCCUCCAAAUGUCCGAGAGAUGGAGGGUGGCUAUGACGAAAGGGAUCUAGGCUCUACUGUUGCUCAAGAGAAGACUGAAAUGACCCUGUCUGAUGGUUAUGGGAGCACCAAGGACAAGGCUCACUGGAUUCAAACAUUCUCUGUGAUUAAACAACCCGUGACAGUUCCACAGAGUUUCUCUGAAAGGGAGUGCCAAGACUAUGAGGAUGGAGAUGAAAACAACCUUUUAGACAAACAGGAGGAACCUGAUGCUUUUGAGGUUCGCCAGACCCUUGAGCCCCACUACAUCUACUCUGAAGACAUUAUUUAUGAAGAACAGAGCUGGACAGAUGAAAAAGGUCAUAGAUCAUCACAGCAUGAAGCCAUAUCACAGAAAUCUUCCUCAGUCAGCGAUAGUAGGUCACCACUGAGUGAGUAUGCAGCCAUAGACAAUUACUCUUUGGAUGAGGACAUUGGGCAGAUCGAGUGUGUAUCCUCUGAGGAUUACGUGGAGAUUGGGGAUGAUGAUGAUGAUGAUGGUGAUGAUGGCAAAAACAACAGAGGUCAGAGCAUCACAGGUCCAUGUCAGAAAACCACAUCCAUGGAAAGUGAGGAGCUCAGAGCCCAGAUCGCUGAUGGUUUGUUAAAUCCCAAUAACAGACGGUUCAGACUGGUGUCUAUCUCAGUACCAGCAGACACAGACUCUUCUUUGGCCUCCUCCUUCUCAGACAGCCAGCUGCUCUCUCUUGACUGCUCAGAAGUGUUCAGGAAUGAGGAGGACCUGGAGGGCCAUAUUGUACCUUACCUGGAUGAGACCACAGACACAGAACAGGACCUCAGUGAUGAGCAUGUCUAUGAAGAAGCAGGGCUGGAUUCAGAAGGGGAGAACUUCCUCCCCUUUGACAGGAAGUCCAUGGUGAUGCGGUCCCGCUCACUGUCAGGGAAAGUACCCGGUUGUGUACCUGAAACAGUUCCUGAGGAGGCGGGUUCAGAAUGUCCCCUUCAGAAGUACUUCAUGGUGGGAUAUGAACGGACAGAACCUCUGCUGAGCAGCAGUCCAAUGUUAGGCACAGCCCGGGCUAAGAUCUCCUCCAAACCUCAAAAUGUUGUUCUAUAUCCCCGUUCCUUCUCCAUGGAGGGACGGGACAUGCCUCUGUGUGUGUACAGGGAGGGUGAGAAUUUCCUGAAGGAGAGUGGCCACAUGAAGAGGGGGGAGGACAGUCUGUCCCUGCCGUGUGUUAUAGGGUCUUCUGGGAGCUUUUCCCAGAUCUCCUCCCUGCCCUCCAGCAGCCUCUCCACACCUACAUCUGUGGUGGACAUCCCUCCACCCUUCCAGCUGGCCCACAUCAGUAAGAAGCCCAUCACCAAGAGCUCCCCCUCCCUCUUCAUUGAAGGUGACUUCCCUGACCGAAACAAGAAGAAGAAAUCCUCCUUCAAACGCUUCCUGAUGCUCAAGUUCAGACGGAAAACAGAGAGUAAGCCCCUCGUGGAUGCAAAUCAGUCUUCCAGGUUCUCUUCAGAGCCCGGCAACCACUCCUCAGGUCGGGUCCUUGAUUUAGACAGGCGGAGCACAGGCAGCUCCCCGCAGCUCAAGUCCCGGUGUGUCAACAAAACCCAGCGCUCUCCGGACUCCCCUUCCACAUUUCUCUUCUACAAAGACGGAAGGAGAAAAGGAGGGUCUGUCGCAUUCGCCAAUCGUAAUGUGGCACGGGUGGAGUCAUUCGAGGACCGCUCGCGGGCCCCCUUUACACCCCUACCUCUGACCAAGCCACGCUCCAUCUCCUUCCCCAAUGUCGACACAUCUGAGUAUGAGAACAUUCCUGCCAUUAGCUCAGAUUAUGAGAAUAUCCAAAUCCCGUCCUGGAAGCCGAUGAGACUGGGGACCUUUGCAGAGUUCUUUGAGCAUCCACGCCGGGUGUUGUCCUCCUCCAAUGAAACAGAUGGAUAUGUGGACAUGAGUAGUCUCCCUGGGUUUGAACACAAAGCUCAGUCAACUGAGCAGGACACUGAAAGUGCCUACACAGAAGCCUACAAUGUGUGCUCCAUAGUGGUAGGCCCACCCAGUGUGUCUGAGGGGGAGGUGGGGGGACUAACAGCCGAUGAAGAAGACGCAGGGCGAACCUCUGAGGACGAAGAGGGAGUCGAGAGUAGUUAUGAUCGACAGACAGAUGGGCGAUCCAGAGCGUUUUACGUUGCCAAGGAGCUGGUCGACACAGAAAGAUUACACGUGAAAGCGCUUAAACUUCUCCAAGAGGACUUCAGGGAGGCAGUGGGGGCAGCUGUGGGAGAGGAGGGGGAGCCUGUGUUGGAGGAUGAGAUGCUGAGGGAGAUUCUUAAUGAGCUGCCUGAUGUUUACACCUUCCACCGCAGACUGCUUACUGAGCUGGAGAACCGCAUCCGUCAGUGGGAAGAGAGCCAGAGGAUUGCAGACGUUAUCCUGUCCAGGAAGUCAGAGUUUGUUGUCUUCACAACCUAUAUUGGUCACUAUGACCGCAGCAUGAGCUUACUUGUGGAGAGCUGUCAUGGCUCACCAGCCUUUGCCAACAUCGUCCACCAAUUUGAGCAGAGUCCGGUUGGUGUGAAUGUCUCUCUCAAACAUCAACUGCUGCAAGUCAUAGUUCGGGUAGCCCAGUACCGCAUGCUCCUCACAGAUUAUCUGAACAACCUGUCCCCGGACUCCAAAGAAUAUGAAGACACACAAGCUGCUAUAGUGAUAGUGUCAGAUAUCGCCGAUCAAGCUAAUGACAGUUUGAUACAUGGGGAGAACCUGUUGCGUCUAGUCAAUAUCGAGUACAGUGUCCGGGGCCAGAAGGAUUUACUUCAGCCGGGCAGGGUGUUUGUGAAGGAGGGCACCCUGAUGAAGGUUAGCAAGAAAUGCAGACAGCCUCGACACUUGUUUCUGAUGAAUGAUGUGCUGUUGUACACAUACCCCCAGCAGGAUGGCAAAUACAGACUGAAGAACACUCUCCUUCUCACUGGUGUAAAGGUCAGUAAGCCUAUCAUAGAACAUGUGCAGAACUCUCUGAGGAUUGAAGGAGCAGACAUCUCCAUCACCUUGUCAGCAAGCUCCAGCAGUGAGAGAGAGGACUGGUUCCACACACUUAGCCGUACAGUGGCUGACCUCCAUCCCAGAGGACCGUCUUCAUUAAGCUGUUCAGGAGAGUCCAGAGAGCGUGUGUGGCUGUCUCUAGGAGAGAAGGCUCCUACACUCGUGCCUGUUUCUCAUGUGAUGAUGUGUAUGAACUGCACCUCGGACUUCAGCAUCACUCUACGCCGACACCACUGCCAUGCCUGCGGGAGGAUAGUGUGCCGGAGCUGCUCCAGAAACCGCUACCCUCUGAAGUACCUGAAGGACCGCAUGGCUAAAGUGUGUGACCACUGUUACAGCGAACUCAAGAAGAGAGGGGGAGAUGUGUGUGGCCCGACAGGUCAUGACAGUCCUCGCCCCAACCGCUCCAGUCGGCCCCUUUCUACUGUCUUCCAGAACAUUCACCCUCCAAGCCUUUGGAAGAACCGCAAAGGCACUGCCUCUCUGUCCCAGGUUCAUGUGUCUGAACAGGGCUCCGUCAGCGGCAGUUUGCAGCGCAGUAAGAGAAGCAAGAGGAACUGGAAAAGACUGUGGUUCCUUCUCAAAGACAAGGUGCUUUACACCUACCAGGGUCAUGAGGAAAAGGUAGCGUCUGAGAGCUUGCCUUUGCUAGGCUUCACAGUGAAGCAGCCUGAAGAAGGGGAGCAGCAAGCCAACGUCUUCCAUCUGUACCACAAAAAAACUCUGUACUACACCUUUAAGGCAGAGGACAACCACACGGCCCAGAAGUGGGUGAAUGCUAUGGAGGAAGCUACAGUUUUAUAACAUCGGCCUUUAUGGGUGUUUUAACAUGGACCAGCAUGACUGACCUCACCUCACAGACUCAACCCGAGUACCUGUCUGUUGCCCAAAAAAUGCCUGAAUGUAAAACAAAAAGGGAAGAAGAAAAUGAAAUGGCCUGAAUUGCCUUUGAUGCUGGUGUUUCAACCGUUGUAACAGGAGAUAAGACAAAGCGUCCUUAUUUUUAGAUAGGUGGCGCUCCAUCUAAUAUCCGAUGUCCUGCAGUAGCAGGUGUGUUGCUGAGGACCAGGAGAGCUGGGAGCCCAGAUAUGUACCCAUCCGGAAAAUUCCAUCAUGUAAUCUUGUAACUGGAAAAAAAAGAUUUUAACCUGAGUUUGAGAAUUGGAUGAACCUGCUGUUUUGUUCAAAUAAAAGAACUUUUUAAAUUACAUUUUAAAUUACAUUUUAUAUACACUUUAUUUAUAAACCCAGAUAUUAUGAACAUGACUAAACUGAAUGUGUUUACCAAAUGCCAAUUGCAAUGUAGUGUUUUAUGUGAUGUUGCCAAAAGUGAAGGAGGGAGCGAGCCUGUGCGUAGCCGUGUCACAGUGCAUGUUUUAUAAUGGCCAAGUCUUGAAGAAGAGCACAGCAAUACAAAAAUAGAACACUGUAACAAAUGAACGACCUGUUUCUUGUUCUUUCACACAACAUGUUCCCUCUGUAAAACUAACCAGCUGAGCAUGGAGUACCUUAACACCAGAACUGCAGUCCUGCCCCAAGUAUAAAAUGAUGUUGCAUUUAAAGCAUAUGUUUUUUACAUUGUAACUUUCUCAUGUACUGUAUUUUCUUAUAUGGCCUUGCAGCAAUGUGCAAAUGUGCAUACGUACAUGUGCAUAUUUUGAUAGACAACAUUAUUUUGCUUUCUUUGCACUGAUGAAAAAAAACAAAAUACCUGAAAAAAGAAGUGUUUUCUUUUUUUGACUUUGUUGCCAAAAGUCUAUUGCCUUCAAGUUUGUCUCCAUUGUUCUGAAUGUGUUCUUAGAAGUAGCAAAGAAUUGGCCAGAAAGACAAAAUCAUACCGCUGCUACUUCCUAAAUAUAACAAAUGUAAAACAUUACAAUUUAAGAUCAAACUCCAUUGAUUGAAGUAUACCCACUCCAGUUAGCACUGCACCUCUGAUGUGGACUGCUAGGACUCCUAAUACUGGCUUUAUAUGGAGAGUAGCCAUCCUAGUGUUUGUUAUGUAAAAUCUAUUCUCAGUCAUGAUCUCCAAAAUGGACUUUAUCCUCAAGGAGUUUUUUUUAUUUCAAACUGGAGUAAAAUGUGUGGGAAGUUCUCUUUGUUUCACUGUUGUUUUAUGAAGUUCCCCUCUAUGUCCUCUAGAUGGCGUGCAGAAUGAAGGUUGAGGACAUUCAAGUUCUUGUUGACUGCCUUUUGACUCUGACUUCAACAAGUACAGCAACAGUACAAAAACACAUGUAUAUAUAAAUACUAGGUGUAAGGACCCAGAACGCUAUCUAAAUCCCUACCCUCUGUUUUCACAGUGAACCGAGUUACUAAUAAAAGAAAGUGAAACGUU